AUGACAUCGCCGCAUGUCAUCGGGGCCCUGAUCAUAGAUUCGACCUCCGGGUUAUGUCUUGGCUCUCGGGGAAAAGCUACAGAAGCUGAUGCUACAUAUCUUACAAUUGCCGCUAGAUCAGCGCUGAAGAAGGACAGCAUUGGUGCCGUCCUGCACAAAGACUCGAAAGUGCUGCUGAGGAAAGGAAACAACGGCAUAAUUGUCGCGAUAUACAAGGACAAGUCGGCACCAGAUGACACUGGAAGCAGUGCGGCCACAAGCUUUGCGUCCAUCUAA